AUGUCCAUGUUCGUGCCAGCUGGGCGAUCGGCACCGGCAUCCGUGGGCAGCACCGUCCCGGCCACAUUCCUGCCCCCGCAGCCCUCUGCCUGGGUGCCUCCAUCCACCGUAACGUGGCUGUGCACCGUCGCUGCCACCCCCGCGCACACUUUGCCCCUCGAGGGCCACGCCGGCCUCAGUGCCCUGAGCGCAUGGGGGGCCGGGCACCGUGAGAGGCGGGUCGGGUCCCCAGGGCACCGCAGGCGCAUUCGGGACAGAUGCACGGGCAAAGCUGCCAAUGAGGCCGCGCUUCCCUGUCCCGCAGGCAUCGUCGAGAUCCGGUCGGUGCGUGUCGGCGUCGUGGCCAUCCGGGCAGUGCACACCGGCUUCUACCUGGCCAUGAACAAGCAGGGGAGGCUCUACGGGUCGAAGGAGUUCAGCCCCAACUGCAAGUUCAUGGAGCGCAUUGAGGAGAACGGCUACAACACCUACGCGUCGCUGCGCUGGCGGCACCGGGGCCGCCCCAUGUUCCUCUCGCUCAAUAGCAAGGGCAGGCCGCAGCGAGGGGGCAAGACGCGCCGGCAGCACCUCUCCACCCACUUCCUCCCCAUGCUCGUCAGCUGA